CAUCAUAACUUUUAUAUAUCCAACCUUUCACCUCUGCUUCUUCAAUGUCACUAGCUAAAUCAUCAAGAAGUUCAUUUUGAUAUCUGUAAUAUUCAGUCAUUGGGUAACUAGUCCAUAUCCAUGUUGAUGCUCACUCUAAAAGGAGGGUCAAGGCCUCCAUGGGUUGGUCUUGGAGCUGCGGUUUGGGUUCAAAUCGCAGCAGGAAAUGCGUAUGCUUUUCCUCUCUAUUCUCACUCGCUUAAAUCCGUUCUGGGUUUUAAUCAGCGUCAGGUUACUUUGCUUGGUGUUGCUAACGACUUUGGUGAGAAUGUUGGCUUGCUUCCUGGAAUUGCCUCCAACAGGUUCCCACCGUGGCUUAUUCUUUUGAUCGGUGCUUUGGCCUCCUUCUUUGGUUAUGGUGUUCUGUGGCUUGCUGUUAGUAAGACUGUGGAGUCACUUCCUUACUGGUUGCUAUGGAUUGCCCUCUCUAUUGCCACUAACAGUAAUGCAUGGUUAGGCACUGCUGUUCUUGUGACCAACAUGAGAAACUUCCCUGUGAGUAGAGGCACAGUUGCUGGAAUUCUCAAAGGUUAUGGGGGUAUCAGUGCCGCAGUUUUUACCGAAAUUUACAGCAUAGUGCUUCAGAACUCUUCUUCUCAGUUCCUCUUGUUCCUCGCCAUUGGUAUUCCUGCCUUAUGCUUCAGCAUUAUGUUUCUCAUCAGGCCUUGUACUCCAGCUACGGGUGAUGAUUCUGCAGAACAUGGUCAUUUCGCUUUCGUCCAAUGCUCUAGUGUGGUCUUGGGUUUAUAUCUUAUUGCAACUGCUGCAUUUAGUAAUGUUCUGCCCUUAGGCGGUAUAUCUUCCUAUAUUUUAAUUGCCGUGAUGAUUCUCCUUAUCAUGGCUCCCCUAGCAAUACCUGUAAAGAUGACAUUGUUUCCUAGGAAAUGCAGCAAACCAGAAAGAUCUAAUCCGCAAGUUGGAUCAUCAGAAUGCCUAGUUCAACAAGGCAAGGAUGAAAAAACAGAACCCCUCUUGCCAUCUUCAACUUCAGCAACCCCUGGGAGCUUUUAUGACACUGACGAGUCAUCUGAAGUGGCUGUGCUUCUUGCUGAGGGUGAAGGAGCAGUGAAGAAGAAGAGAAGGCCCAAGCGAGGGGAAGAUUUCACAUUCAUGGAGGCUGUUAUAAAGGCUGAUUUUUGGCUCCUGUUCUUUGUUUUCUUUGUUGGGGUUGGUUCUGGUGUUACUGUUCUCAACAAUCUCGCACAAAUAGGCAUUGCACAAGGUGUGGAAGAUACCACAAUCUUAUUGUCAAUUUUCAGCUUCUGCAAUUUUGUGGGUCGCCUCAGUGGAGGAGUUGUUUCAGAACACUUUGUGAGGACGAAAACGAUCCCCCGGACAUUUUGGAUGACAUGCACACAGAUAAUCAUGACCAUCUCAUAUCUAAUCUUUGCAUAUGCUGUAAAAGGUACUCUUUUCUUUGCAGUUGCAUUACUUGGCAUCUGCUAUGGCGUGCAAUUUUCCACUAUGAUCCCCACGGUCUCAGAGCUUUUCGGGUUGAAGAACUUUGGUGUGCUCUACAACUUCAUGUCAUUAGGAAACCCUCUUGGUGCAUUCCUUUUCUCAGCUCUGCUAGCAGGGCAAGUAUAUGACAAGGAGGCUGCAAGGCAGCACCAUGGUCUAGACUUGCUUGAUUCAGGAGCCUCCUGCUUGGGACCAAAUUGCUUCAGACCAACCUUCUUUGUUUUGGCUGCUGUUUCUGUUCUUGGCUCCAUCUUGAGCAUCAUCCUUAGUUUCAGGAUAAAACCAGUUUACCAUAUGCUUUAUUCUGGUGGUUCUUUCAGGCUGCCUCAAACCACAGUUCACUAAAGUAAUUGAGACAC